GUGUCUUCAGGAGGAAUAACUCCAGACUCAUGGAGGAAAUCCUGAAACAGCAGCAGGAGCUUUUGGGAAUGGACAGUUCCAAAUACUCGGUGGAGUUUAUGAAGAACGGUACAUAUAAGCAAGAGCAUCAAGUGUUAUCUUGUCAGUCAGUGGUGAAGGUCUUAUCUCCAGAUGAUGGGCGGCUCAGUAUCGUCCAGGCAGCCCAGCAGCUCUGCCGGGCCGUUGAGCAGAAGGAAAAGACGUCCAAAGACAUUAACGUCACUGUGCUGGACUCAUUACUCAGAGAGUCAAAGAACAUACCAGACCCAGACCUGGUGCUGAAGUUCGGCCCUGUGGAAAGCACACUUGGGUUUCUUCCCUGGCACAUCAGACUAACAGAGAUUAU